AUGCGUUUGGGAAAACUAUUUGUUCAAAUCAUCGUUCUAAUUGUCGUUCUAAUUGUCGUUCUAAUUAUCGUGUCUGUAACUCCAAGCAGCAAAGUCGAAUCAUACAGUUUUUUGAAUCGGUAUAAGUUGCUACAAGAACAGUUGAUUCUAAGGGAAAUCAGUACCGAGAAUACAAUCAAGAAUACAAUCGAGAAUACAAUCAAGAAUACAAUCGAGAAUACAAUCAAGAAUACAAUCGAGAAUACAAUAACAGAAGCAUGUUCUGGACAUGGGAAAAACGUUGAUAACUAUUGCAAUUCAGGCACCUUCAAGAAAAAGUCGACUCAUGGCAGCCUUGAUGACUGCUACACUCCCAUUAUUGGCGACUGUUGUGAUCAGUACCUCAAUAUCUCAUUGACAUCACGAUCAUUGUCCGUGGUUGUCACAUACGGUGGCGUCCAUAUAGUUGCUGCACCUAUAAUUCUCGCCAUGCUGGUGGAACCUAGACUAGGAACCUAG